AGACGAAGGGAGAUUACGUCGAGUGCGGAGAGGAGCCCUUUCGCGCAUGGCAAACGCACGGGGAAGAGAUGGCGCCCGCAAGGGCAACAGUGGUCCGAGGAGGGGUUCUUAUUUAUCCUUGGAACCUCUGGAUUGAAGCCUCAGACACAUUCGAGAGAUGAAGGGAGGAACAACCCCGACCGUUAACAUCAACGUCUCUCGAUGUUGGAGGACCUGAAAGGCAAUCACAAAAGUCUACCAAAUAAGAUAACAAAAAAAGGAAAAACAAGGAACAGAGUGCUCUCUAGUCAAGAAUGUCUGUUUAAAGUAUAAGGAAUCAAUUCAUCAUAGUGUCGCAAUGCCUCCCGAAAACCAAGUGCAAUGGAACAUAUCAUCUAGUCACUCUCUCUCGUCUAGUCCUCAACUCAUGUAAGUCCACAUCUCAUGUAAGUCCACAUCUAAGUCCAAACCCCAAUCGAUCUAGUCAAGACAACAACUCUAGUCCAACGACGUGCAACAUAAGCGGACAACAUUGCUGAAAGACAAGAACACGUACAGGUUCAUGCGGCUGUCGCCAUUGUUCCCACUGAUCCACAUCUGCCGUUGAAGCAUCCCUGAUCAGGUGUAGAAUUUCACCUGCACCUCACUUGGAAACACGAAUUCAGCGGUGCUGAGUGGAAACAUCUGCCAAGCCAACAUGCCCAAGGGGGUGAUGGUGCCAAGGACCUCGCCAGUUCAUCAAGUGAGGUUCUCGGACGAAGAGAACGCGUCCCCUUUGGACGUUACUAUUGAAGAAGAGCCAGAUGAAGAAGAGGAAGAAGAGGUGGGUGAAGGAGGCCGGGAGGAAGCUGAGGACCUCGAUACCGGGCCUCCAAGGACUCCUGAGAUCUCGACGCCACCAAUAGCUCCACGCCCCUUGGUUGUCCCGCCCACUCAUCCUCAACGAUUAUCCUCUCUCCCACCACCGCCUCCAGGAUUAUCCUCGUCAUUGGCAGCCAUGUAUUCAGCCAGGUUGGGCAGUGAUGCCGAUUAUCUUCGCUAUAAGGCUUGUAAGGACUCGGCUGAGUCUUUUUAUUCGCGACUCGCCACCUUGUCCGCCCUUCACUCAUAUGGGUACUACUUACAUCCCUUGACCCUGCCUUCACUGAUGAGCCAAUACCAGCAAAGACUCCAGCCCAAUCCGCAACCACAACCACAUCCUCAGCAUCCUGCUCCUUCAAUGGCCUUCAAUGGAAAUCUGUCCCCUUGUUCCACUUCUUCAAACAACAGCUUAUCCUCCCCAAUCAGCUUAGCCAACCAGAAUGGUUUGAAUACGACCAGUAGCACCCUGUCGACUCAAAGUAAUCACAGCCAAAGAAGUUCAGUCAAGAGGAAGCCCCUUGAAGAUUCUGCCAACCAUUCCACCACAAACGCCAACACCUACCCAUCCUCCAGCACACCCAUCCCUAACAAGAAGGCCAAAAUCAGUCCCUUGCCCAAGCGAAAAGUGUCUCGCAAAUUAGCCUUCGACGACUUCAAGACCUCGCCGGUUUCGGGCACUCUAAUCCGGGAAUUGGCGGAAGGCGAGGAAGUGCCGGCCAUUCGAAAAGGUGACAUCGAUCCCGAGUUCAAUGUGGUCGAGAUCACGGAGGAAGCCAAAGCCGAACUCGCCAAGAUCGAGAACAAUAUCGGCGACUUCAUUUGCAGGCUUUGCAAGGAGGUCUAUGAAGAUGCCUUUGGAUUGGCACAACACCGGUGUUCCAUGAUUGUUCAUGUGGAGUAUCGGUGUCCGGAAUGUGACAAAAUCUUCAACUGCCCGGCCAAUUUGGCCAGUCAUCGGCGAUGGCAUAAGCCCAGGAACCACGUGUCCAUGGUCACCAAACCCGAAUUAAGUAGUCCGCAUGAGGAUAUUAGUAAUGAGGGUACCAUUGGAUGCGAAGUCUGCGGGAAGAAGUUCAAGAAAGUCAACUCUUUAAAGAAACACUAUCACCACCAUCAUCCGUCAUCCAUAUUCAGCAACAACAAUAAUAAUAACAAUAACAACAACAAUACCAAUAACAACAAUAUUGGUCCCCUUCCGGAAGAAGAGAAGUCACCUCAGUCAUCAGGUUACAGUAUCGUGGAUCUGCUGAGUCCUUCCAGAAAAUCGUCCUCUUUAAGCCCAAAGCAUGCAUGCCCAACGUGCAAUAUGGACUUUGACUCUUUGGAGGAUCUUGACCUUCACCAUCGGAGAGUCCACGAUCAAGGCUCGCCAAGUCCCUCAGAAACCCUAUUCCCAUGCAAACUUUGUCCGCAAGUCUUUGAAACCUUGUCAGAAUUGACGGUCCACGCGGGGAAAGCCCAUUUUCCCGCUCUGGCCUCCAACUUUUCCCGUUACCAUCAUGGGGUGGGUGGCGGUUUGGUCAGUAUUCCACACCAGCCGACCAUGUUCCCACAAGGAGGUCCAUUGCUCUCUAUAGCCGCCUUGUCAUCCCGGUCUUGAAAAUCAAUUGCAAAUUGCAAAAAACUAGCUUUGAGAAUAUUUAGUCAACGCCAUCCCCUUGAGUUCUAGUCAACGAUCUCGACUGCAAUCUAGUCACCCUGGUUUUAUGUUUUCCUCGUGUCCUAAUUCAACAAUCCAAGGCUGUGAGCUGAAACUAUUUCUAAUUCAUAAUCAUACCAUGUCUCUAUUUUGUUUGGACAUUACUCAUAUAUGUCCACCAUUCUCGCAUUUUGUAUCUCCUCGGUAUCUUGAUAUCCUGGAGUCAAAUGAAGGCCAAUCCGUGCAAUGACCUUUUCAAUGUCUUUCACAUUUCAUCCCAUUCAUGUGCUGUCAAUGACUUUUUAUGUGUCCUCAUAUCCACCAAACAAAGAACCCCCGUGACUUCGAAGCGGCCAUACAUUCUCAUUCAUGUAAUGUACAUAGAUCCAUUACAAACAUCUCCUCUUGAGAGACAUUUCCGCAAGCAAUCUCCAAUGCACUCUUCAACGCCUGCCCAAGGUCAAAGACCGCUCUUUACUAUUUUCUAGCUCUCUCGUUGGUCUUAGACCCAUGUAGUUGUCUGAUUUCCAUUCCUCGAAUGGUCAACUCUUAUUUCCCCUCUAUUGUACGUAAUCUCCCUCAUUUGCUACUCACAAAUGCAAGGGCUCAAACCAUACCUGAUGCUCCGUCAUCACCAGCAUGCAGCCAAAACCAAAGACAAGAACUUGUUACCAAACUGCUUUAAACGCGAGUGAAAAUACUAGUCUCAUGUGUCACGUCCUCUUCUGUUACGUUCUCGUGUUCUGUCGAAAUCUCCCUCACUCCCUUCAACACUUGUUCUGGACAGCUCAUCAAAAUUUAUUGGCCCUAAAGCUCUCAUCAUCAACACAACAAGCGUCGUCUCGACCAACUCGGAACACCUCAAAAUGAGUGUUACGGAUUGGUUGAGUGAACUCCGCUAAACAAGCUGUCAAUUUCACAUUGAUCCUCUGUCCUCUAUGACACAAUGGCAGACAGCAAAUCCCCCCCUUUCCUCCCCAUUUUUUGGCCGUGGUGUAAAUAGGAAUCCAACGUCUUUCAAAUAACAAUCCAUUCGUUUUGUUUGGCAUUGAUUUAAUUUUUUAUGCUUUCAUUUGUUUUCCUCCCAAGACUGGAAUCAUCCAGAUCUGAGGCUGAGUGCAAUCUAGUCAAAUCCUGCCACCAGUCAGUGACCAUGGGAUACCUGGGCAUUUAUUUAUUUUUGUGCAAUUUGUAUUAUAUGUUUCCCCUCUUUGAGGCCUUGCCCAAAGCAACCAAGGACCAUAGUUACCAUCAUCAAAACAUGUUUUACUCUCUUCACUUUUUUCAUUUCGAAUGUGGUGUCACAUUUCCCUUUGCUGGUCAGACCCACCAAUUCGUUGAGUCGAACUCUAGUCAAUCGCAAUGAUAAUUCCGCGUCAGGUAACGAGUAAUCACUCUCGUUUUCCGGCAAGACGCUCAAAAUACAAGGAGUGAACAGUUUCUGCACUCCACGUCUUUCCUAUCCUCCUCACUUGACUCGUUUAAUGUGUAAAAGCAUGUCAAAUUCCGGGUUGGGUGUCAGCAUGACGACACUUUUGGCACCGCCCUUCCUUCUCAUCUGACUUUUCCUCUUUUCCUUCCACUCUGCUUCCUUCUCCAGGAUAUAGAGUGUGUGUGUGUGUGUGUGUGUAAGUGUGUACGUGUGUGUGUGUAGUAUGUGAGUGUGUCCAUAUUGGUCCAUAUCUCAAUGUUUGCUUCCUUGUUUGUGGGCUUAAUCAUCCAUAAAUGAGAAGCCCCCUAAGAGAGUCCAAUCUGCUGUUGCUAUUGCUGAUAUGUAUGGUGGGAUAAUAUGUACAUAAUGUGUAAACAAAAAGUAAAGACAAUAGAUGUCAAUUAGUCAAUUCCAGCAUGCUAUGUGUGUUCACGAAGCUUCAGUCAUUUACUCUCUACCUGACAGGAAUGAAGGACUGGAUUGAGCGGGAUCAUCAUCAUCAAAAUAACCUCACAGUCACUCUCUACUUCAAUCUACUCUGUUCUAUAAAUUCAAUGUUCAGCGUCUAUGUUAAGUGCAUAUUGAAUGAUUGAUGUCUCACAUCCCGAUGAUCUCAAUAAAACGAAAGAAAAUGCAUU